AUGACAAGUAACCUGGGGACCGGGACUGGGAGAAAAGAGACAGGUGAGCGAAGCAUGGAGCCUCCGCCGUCGCUCAGCCUGGCUCUGUUGGGAGGCAGUGAAGAUGAGGACCAGCGCUUCCUCCUCCCUCUGGGCAGUCUGCCCCAUUCUGGCAGCACUGGCAACCAGCCGGGAUCAAACCACUCCAACCACAUGGGAGGUUCAAGUCUCGACCGCCUGAAUGGCAGCACCCCGUCCCCGUCACCAGCCACACCCAGCUUACCCCCUACAUCGCUCCCCAAGCUCCCCCUGUCCUCCUCUGGAGCUCAGCCUCUGCCCCCACCCAUCCCCAAUGCCCUGCACCCCACCAGCACCCCACUGUCCUCCUGCCUGGGCUCACAGCACAGCCUGAGCGGUGACAACUCACCUGUGUAUAACGCCCUGUACUACUCCUCCCACUCCCCAUCCAUGGACCGAGAGCGGGACAGGGACAGAGAAAGAGGCUCCAAACACAGACAGGCCAGUCCCCUGGUUCACCGCCGGGACAGUAACCCCUUCACAGAGAUUGCCAUGAGCUCGUGUAAGUACACGGGGGGAGUGAUGAAGCCGCUGAGCCGCCUCAGCGCAUCACGCAGGAACCUGAUCGAGUCAGACAGCAGCAGUGAGACUAAAGAGGGCGGGGUUUUAGCUGUGGCAGGAGCAGCAGCACAAGACAGACAGAGGGACACUCCUCACUCAUCUACUGUGGGACAGUCCUCUACCCAUCAGCCCCCUCUACAGAGCCCACCAGAGAUUGUAAUUUCAUCCAAAGAAGACUCUCCAUACCUCAGAGCUGGCUAUGACACAGAUUCCAUGUCCAAUCAGAUGUCCAUAUACCACCAGAACAAUGCGCUGGUGGAGAGCAGGCGUGCUCAGCCCGGACGGGGCAGCAGGCAGGGGGGGAUUGGCACUGUGGGCACUGGGACCAGGGGUAGCACCUCCAAGGCUUCAAAACGCAAAAACCAAAACAUUGGCUACAAACUGGGUCACCGCAGAGCACUGUUUGAGAAGAGGAAGAGGCUCAGUGACUAUGCCCUGAUCUUUGGGAUGUUUGGUAUAGUCGUCAUGGUGAUAGAGACGGAGCUGUCGUGGGGCGUGUACACAAAGUGCUUCCUCUGUGGAGCUCCUUCCGUGGGCGUGUGA